AUGACCGAGCCGAAUUUCAUCAAACGCCUAAUCCCUAUCGACGUCGCAAAGGCUUUGGCCGGAAUCGCUACGGAUACCGAGAAGACGCACGAACAUUUACAGCGCCGUUUCAAGUCACGCCCAAAUCUCUACUUUCGUUUUAACGUUGACCAAGGGCUGCAGGACGUCACGCUAGACGAGUGGAACAAGAUGGGUGCAGUGAAGGGGCACACGCAGAUGUAUCUGGGGAGUGAAGCGGUGAAGGCGAGCCUGGAGGAAGCGGUGAAGGUUUUGGUCGAGCAGAGAGCAACGCUGGGCGUCUCCGAAGCGAGUGAGGAGUUUGUUUCGUUACGUUGA